CGAGGAGGUUCGCGCGGUGUGAGGUGGGAAAGGCGGGCUGUUAUGUGUCUGUGCGGCUAGUCUGUGGGAUUUAGUGCGUCUGUGCCCAGUCACAUCAUUUGCCAGCAUUGUGUGGGUUGUGUUCGCCCUAUAAACGACCGUUCAGCUCAGCAACUGAAUUUCAAAUAACAUUUUGGUUCUCCAAACCUGUUAUUAUUACAUUAAAAAUACAACUACAUCACAGGAAGUACCAAGAGAUAUGACUGAUUGGUCCAACAAAAGCCCACUGGAGUGGCAAGACUACUUAAACAAAGAAGUAAAGGUCUCUGCUGACGAAAAGAAUGAUUACCAGGGGUGGCUUGUAACAGUGGACCCAGUUUCUGCUAGCAUUGUGCUGGCUAAUUUCCAGGAAGACCAGAAAACAUUAAUCCGGGUGAUCAUGGGGCAUGCAGUGCAGGAAGUACAAGUGGUGAAGGGAGCAGAUGAGGCAACAAAAGACAGACUUGCUCAUCUCUUUACCCCCAGAGAAACCACAAUCCCCUACAGUAAAGAAGAUUUGGAAAAAAAGAAACUAAGUUUAAAGAACUGGCUGGAGCAAAACAACAUCCCUGUGGCUGUACAAGGGGAAUCCCACACAGUGUUGUGCGUGGCUGGUGUAUUAACAAUUGACCCUCCAUAUGGGCCAGAGAACUGCAGUAGCGCUAAUGAAAUAAUUUUGUCACGUGUUCAAGGACUUCUACAAGGUUUUCUACAUAACCAGGGGGAAACCAUGCUUCAUCCACACUAGCCUUCUUAACAAAGAUUUAUACUAAAUGUAUUGGGGGCUGAAAUGGAGAGGAUUGAAUUAUACUGUUCAGGUGAUAUGUAAAUAAAAUUCACAUUUGCAUUGUA